AUGCGCAUCUCAAUUCCCACCUUACUUGUGGCUCUGGCUUCUAUCAUUUCCGCCUUUAGCGAGCCCAAAAAUGGUCUUCAGACCGCAAAGUUUGCCCUUGGCCGUCGCCAGGACACUGUCUGUAACGACUUUUCAUGCACGGUGGAUAGCGACUGCUACGCUCAGAGAUGCGGUGCAUGUAUAUUGCCUUCAGAUGACGGCGAUGAAGAUGGCGGCUUCUUCAGACAAAAGCGUCAGGAUGUCGUUGGAUUUUGCGAUUGUGCUGUCGAGGGCUGUCGGUAG